AUGAGUCUGGGCUUGAUGGAAGAGGAGGACUUGGCCGAAUACUUCCGGCUACAGUAUGGGGAGCGGCUGCUUCAGCUGCUGCAGAAGUUCCCAAAUGUUGAGGAACAGUCAGAUUCUCCAUCCAUCCGGCUCCUGGAGAAGAAGAAAGAGGCCAAGAUCAUGCAGGAGGCCAUGGAGCAUAAGAAGGAGACAUUCCAGCGGAGAAUGGAGACUCUGAACUUGCGCUGGGAGGAACUGGGUAUUAAGGAAGAGCAACUGAAGGCCCAUAUCCAGAAGUUCGAGCAGUUCAUCCAGGAGAAUGACCAGAAACGGAUCCGAGCCCUAAAAAAAGCCAACAAAGAGCGGGAACUGAAACGGCAGCGCCUGCGGGAGCUGGCCAAGGCCAAGCAGGAGAUGACAGCCCUGAGGCUGGAGCACCAGAAGCUGAGCAUCAAGCUGCAGGACUACGCCAUCUUCAACAAGUACCUGGAGAAGGUGGUGGAGAACUCCGAGUUUGAAGAGAUCCACGAGGUGAUUGCCCGCUACAAGACCCUGGUGAGCAUGCACCAAGACCUCAUGCAGUCGGCCCAAGAAGGCCAGGAGAAGAUUGAACGUGCCAAGGCACGGCUGGCCCGCUACAUGGAAGAGAAGGAUGAUGAGAUCCUUCAGCACAACAAUGAGCUGGCAAGACUGCAGAUGCGCUUUGACCGGGCCCGCAGCGAUGUCAUCUUCUGGGAAUCGCGCUGGGCACACAUCCAGAACACGGCAGCCAAGAAGACCCUCCUGCUCGGCACCAUUAAGAUGGCGACGCUGAACCUCUUCCAGAUCGUGAGCAAGCAGCUGAAGGAAUCCACCCAGGUGUCCCUGGAGGACACACACAAACAACUAGACAUGAUCCAGCAGUUUAUACAAGACCUGUCAGACAUCUGGACAGAAGUAAAGAAGAAAGAACAACAGCAAGUCCGGGUGUAAGGAAGCAACAUGCUUCUAGAAUGUUCCAAGACACUUGAGAGGAAAGAGAGAGGAAAGAGAAGUUUCCUGAUGAGCCUGUGGUGCAGCCCCACCUCCACCCCACCCCCAGUCCUGCUUUGAAGACCAACUGCUUCCUGAUGGCAUACCUUGUUGCUCCACACCCCACCCCACCCCCGCCUCAGUCUGUCCCACCCCUAAAAGCAUUAAA